UAAAGGUGAAGUUGAACACAGGAUAUCUGUUAAGUUUCUAUCCCUUACUUUAGGCGAGCCAUAGAGUAAACAUUCACAUUUUCUCUCUCCUCCCUUAUCCAAUUUCAUUCUGGCUUUAGCUCUCUAAUCUACUGUACCAUUCUACUUGGCAGAUGGCUUGUUCAUCGUCAACAUCAUGGAGUAUGGCUACUCUUAAGUCAGCCUUGCCUUCAGUUCCUUCGGCUCCCAUGUUCCGCAAGGUCCCCAUUUCGGCUGCUUGUAAUACUUCGUCCUCAAAACCACGUAGAGUGGGAUUAUCACUAUGCAGUUCUAAGCCUCUUCUACCACAAUACAGUGGCCUCACUGCACUCUGUCCUCUUCUCUCAUCAUUCCCCUCUGGAUCAGAGAACACAGGCUUUGACAGUCUUUUUAGAAUCAUUGACAAUGGAGGUCGAUUCUUUGCCAUGAGACAUGGAAGAAAAGUGCCUAAACUUAGCAGGCCCCCAGAUCAGCGUCGUGCACUUCUUCGAGGCCUUACAACUCAACUUCUUAAGCAUGGACGUAUCAAGACUACAAGAGCAAGAGCAAGUGCUGUGAGGAAGUAUGUAGACAAAAUGAUUACCUUGGCUAAAGAGGGCUCACUUCACAAAAGAAGACAAGCACUUGGGUUUAUAUAUGAGAAGCAGAUUGUUCACGCUUUGUUUGCUGAAGUGCCAGAAAGGUAUGGAGAUAGGAAUGGAGGAUACACAAGGAUCAUCAGGACCCUACCAAGGAGAGGGGACAAUGCUCCAAUGGCCUACAUUGAGCUAGUUUAGAUACUGAUCUGAUUACUUCAUUGCCCUCUUGUUAUAAUUUUGACACUGGAGCAAGUCAUUUUCCGUAAUCAUUGUCCUUGGAAGGUGAUGUCGGUUGUUUACACUCUGGAAUGAAUUAGUCACUUGAUGUUUCAAUUUGCAUUGAGCUUGUAUCAUGAGAGAUCUUUUGAUUCUGAUGAUAUGCUAAAUUGAUACAUUGGCAUAUCAUCUUUGUUGUGUAGCUUUGGGGAUUUUGGCGUACAUUUUUUAGUUUAUCAUAUUGUAAUUGCAAUUCUCCUGUCCAAUUGACGUUGUAUACAGAACUUGGGUGUGGGCUUGUGGUUAAUUACCAAAGCUUUUGAUGUUAUAUUAUCAUUUCCUAAGCUUCAUUAUUCAUUGGCUUGGGCAGAAUUGUGUCA